UUAUCGUUGUUUUUACAUCGAUAUCAUGUCUACAAACGAAAUAUUAGUACCACAUUUUUAGUUUGUUUUUGCAAAAUGGCUUCUUCAGGAAAAAAGGGAAGAAAAAAUAAAGGAACUGUCAUAUCAUUGCAGUCAUUUCUAUCUAACGGUGAAACGCCAGGCACAACUAAAGUUACAAAGAAAAUUAGAAAUCCUGACGGUGAAGACAGUGAUGAAGGAAACAAUUUACCACUUGUUUAUCAACUUCCUACAGCACCUAGAGCAAACAGAAUAUUUGAUGACAACAAUAUUCCUCAUAAAUCUCCUUUCAUUGCUUAUAUAACUAACCUUCCAUUUGAUAUUAACGAUAAUGAUAUAUAUGAUUUCUUUGAAACAGAAAGGGUGGUUUCGUUACGUUUGCCACGUGAAGAAGGAGAAACUGGACGAGUGCGAGGUUUUGGAUAUGUUGAAUUUGAAUCUCGCGAAGAUUUAAUCCAUGUACUUAGUUUAACUGAUCCAGUAAUUAAAGGGCGUAGAAUUCGAAUUGAUGUGUCAAAUGAAAAUGAACAAAAUAGUAAGCUUAGAAGUAAUAGACGAAAUUACAAUGACUUUGGAAAUUCUUCUGAAUCCCGCGACAGUGGAAACUGGCGAAAGGACAAUGGAAAUAAUAGUGUAAAUUCGAUGAGAGAUAGGAAAGGCACUGACGAAAAUAAUUUUGCUUCUUGGAGAAAUGGUAACCGAUCGCAGGACCAUAAUUUGUCACCCAAAUCUAGCAGCCGCAAAAUGAAAACUUGGGAUCAAAACUAUAAAAACAAAAUGCCCGAUCGAUUCCAUAAUGAAGAACAGGAGUCAAAUACUAAUUUCGAUGUGCAAUCAAACGAUCGACCUAAAUUAAAUUUAAAACCUCGUACUUUACCCUUACCAGAAAAUUUAAAUAUAUCAGAUAUAAAGUUAGACGGUGUCGAAAAAUCUUUGAAGGUUCAAAAACCAGCAGGAAUUGCACCAGAAAAAGUGUUUGGUUCUGCUAAACCUGUUGAUACAGCGAAACGGGAACUAGAGAUUGAAGAACGUUUAGCUGAAAUACGUAGACAAGAAAAGUUAAAGCGGGACUUGGAUCAUGUUAAUGUCGAUGAAAAAAAUUUAAAACAAACUGGAGAAAAAUCUGAAAAAGAAAUUCCUAACUCAACUAUGAGUUGGCGAAGAAAAGUUGAUGAACAAAAGAUUCAGCAAGGUGACUAUGAUAAGGAAAGGGAAAUGAACCGAAAUGUUAAAGUCCGCGACUUUAAUGACAGAUUAGAAACUACAAAAAUGAAAAACAAUCCAAAUAAGGAUGGAAAACCAAAAGAAAAACCCAAACGGGAAUUAAAAGCUGACCGCCAACUGCCUAAACCUCAAUCUAGCAAGCCUAACCUAGUUUCAUCACCAUCAACAAAUAAAUACUCUGGUUUAGAAGAUGAAGCCUCAGAAUAAGUUCAAUACAAGUCAAAAACAUAAUUACGUAUAACCGAUGCUUUCCCGUUACUUUUUUUUAGGAUUUCACCAUUUGGUCAAUAUUUUUUAAUAUCUGAAAAUUAGUCUUGUAUAUUUUAAAAUUCAAAUAAAUUAUCGCAUAUAACUAA